AUGCAGCUGCUCCUGGCCCUGGUGGAGGUCCUAGCUGCACUCUUCCUCACCCAACCCUCUGAAGGCACUGCGCCCUUGGACACCAAGAAAGCCUUCCCCAGGCACGUGGAGAAUUCAGUCCUUAAGAACUGCAUGGCAGAGGCCAAAUUGCUGGUGAAUGCUGCCUACAAUCAGACACAGAAGAGUAUCAAGCAGCGCCUUCGCAGUGGCUCAGCCAGCCCCAUGGAUCUCUUGGCCUACUUCAAGCAGCCAGUAGCAGCCACCAAGAGAGUUGUUCAGGCUGCUGAUUACAUGCAUGUGGCCUUAGGGCUGCUAGAAGAGAGGCUUCGACUCCAGGGAUCCAGACCCUUCAAUGUCACUGAUGUCCUCACAGAACCCCAGCUGCGCCUGCUGUCCCAGGCCAGUGGCUGUGCUGUCCAGGACCAGGCUGAGAAGUGCAGCAACAAGUACCGCACCAUCACCGGGAGAUGUAACAACAAGAGGAGACCCUGGCUGGGUGCCUCCAAUCAGGCCCUGGCCCGCUGGCUACCAGCCGAGUAUGAGGACGGUCUGUCACUCCCCUUUGGCUGGACCCCUGGCAAGAGGCACAAUGGAUUCCUUCUUCCUCUUGUCCGGGCUGUCUCCAACCAGAUCGUGCGCUUCCCCAGCAACAGGCUGGCCUCAGACCGGGGCCGGACCCUCAUGUUCAUGCAGUGGGGCCAGUUCAUUGACCAUGACUUGGACUUCUCCCCGGAGUCCCCAGCCAGAGUGGCUUUCAUCAUGGGUGUGGACUGUGAGAAAACCUGUGCCCAGCUGCCCCCCUGCUUCCCCAUCAAGAUACCGCCCAACGACCCCCGCAUCAAGAACCAGCGUGACUGCAUUCCCUUCUUCCGCUCUGCACCAUCAUGCCCUCAAAGCAAGAACAAAGUCCGCAACCAGAUCAAUGCGCUUACCUCCUUUGUGGAUGCCAGCAUGGUGUAUGGCAGUGAAGUUUCCCUCGCUCUUCGGCUCCGCAACCAGACCAACUAUCUAGGACUGCUGGCCACCAACCAGCGCUUCCAGGACAAUGGCAGAGCCCUGCUGCCCUUCGACAACCUGCACGAUGACCCCUGUCUCCUCACCAACCGCACUGUGCACAUCCCCUGCUUCCUGGCAGGUGACAGCCGAUCAAGUGAAACCCCCAAACUGGUGGCCUUGCACACCCUAUUUGUACGAGAACACAAUCGGCUGGCCACUGAGCUGAGACGCCUGAAUCCGCACUGGACUGGAGACAAACUAUACAACGAGGCUCGGAAGAUCGUGGGUGCCGUGGUCCAGAUCAUCACCUACCGAGACUAUCUGCCCUUGGUUCUGGGCAAGGCCCGGAUCAAAAGAACCCUGGGGCCCUACAGGGGGUACUGCUCCAAUGUGGACCCGCGAGUGGCCAAUGUUUUCACUCUGGCCUUUCGCUUUGGCCACACGUUGCUGCAGCCCUUCAUGUACCGCUUGGACAGUCAAUACCGGGCCUCAGCACCCAACUCUCAAGUUCCGCUUAGUUCCGCCUUCUUUGCCAGCUGGCGCAUCAUCUAUGAAGGUGGCAUCGACCCCAUUCUGCGAGGUCUCAUGGCCACUCCGGCUAAGCUGAACCGUCAAGAUUCCUUGAUGGUAGAUGAGCUCCGAGACCGGCUGUUCCAGCAAGUAAGAAGGAUCGGGCUGGACCUGGCAGCUCUCAACAUGCAGCGCAGCCGGGACCACGGUAUUCCAGGGUACAAUGCCUGGAGGCGCUUCUGCGGGCUUUCCCAGCCCCAAAAUGUGGCCCAGCUCAGCCGGGUGCUAAAAAACCAGAAUUUGGCAAGGAAGUUCCUGAAUUUGUAUGGGACACCUGACAACAUUGAUAUCUGGAUUGGGGCCAUUGCAGAGCCUCUUCUGCCAGGGGCCCGAGUGGGGCCUCUUCUGGCUUGUCUUUUUGAGAACCAGUUCAGAAGAGUCCGAGAUGGAGACAGGUUCUGGUGGCAGAAAAGAGGUGUUUUCACCAAAAGACAACGCCGAGCCCUGAGUCGGAUUACCUUCUCUCGAAUUGUGUGUGACAACACUGGGAUCAGCACUGUUCCCAGGGACACCUUUAGGGCUAGUGUCUACCCGCGGGGCUUUGUGAGCUGCAGCCAUAUUCCCAAGCUGAACCUGUCAGCCUGGCAAGGCAGAUGAGGCUUCUGCAGGUAAGAGGAGGUCCGAGCUCGGUCAGGCCCCCAAAUCCCUCCCUGGAUGAUGGCUGAGUCCUCGUCCCCUAAGCAGCAACAAUAGAAUUUGUCACUAGGGACAUAAUACUCUUUCCUAGUGGCUUGCUAACUUCUGGGAUGAUAGUCAAUUCCGGGGUCUACGACUUUGGAGGGGACACUUAGGAGUGUCCAACAGCCCUCAGUUUCAUCACUAAUGUCCUAAAAGAGCUCUUUGUCUUGACAGCCAAUAACCCUCUCUCAUGUAUCUCUGCUUUUUCCACAGGAUUCUAUGCCAAGCCUUGGAGACCAGGAUAAGGGGAAGACCAUGAGGCCGCAUUCUCCCCUAGAACUGUUUUCUGUUGGUACUUUUACUGGCUAUACCUCAGUUCUCCCCUAGAACUGUUUUCUGUUGGUACUUUUACUGGCUAUACCUCAGAGCUGGCUCUGUUAGCUGAGACUGCACCAGGUGUUAACCUGUGAGACAAGCCAUGAGGCUCUGAGGUCCCAGUAGGAGACAGCUGGAGGGUUUCCAGUACUUUCUCCCGCCCCUCCCGCACACCGUGACUGAUGAUCACACAGUUGGCUGUUGGGCCACCCCAGUCCUCCUCCAGGCCUGCAGGCUGGGCAGCAUAUUCUGCUUCUUCUACCAAUAAAACACUGCUGUGGGCAGGCGCUGCUGUCUGUGUUGGGCUGUGGAGGGCAAAGCAUUGGUCUCGUGCUUGGCCACAGAUGCUAAAGAGGAAUGCUGCUAAGACGGAAGCUGGAACUCCCGUCAGAGGCUCUUCUAAGGUUUUAAUUGAGAACCACCACGGAGGGAAAGGCAGAAAAGGGAAAGGGGCCGAGUGUGGUGUUGCAUGUCUUAAUCCCAGCACUCAGGAGGCAGAACAAGCGAAUCGCAAGGCCAGCCUGAUCUACAUAGAGUUCCAGGCCAGUCAGGGAUCCACACCAAGACCCUGUCUCAGA